AUGGAAAUAUCCUCACCUGGACUUGUAAUCCAACAUCAAGUUGAGAACAACGCACCCGAUCCAGCAAAUCCAAGCUCAAACUCGAGCAGAUACCGUCGUGGUAAUCAUCCCAGAACUCACCUGCCUCCAGUAAAUGCAACCAAUGCAGAUGUCGUAGUUGCUCCGGAGAUAGGUGGUACAUCCAGCAGGCAGCCUCGCCGAAACGUAAAUCAGAACAGAUCUCGUGAUCACGAGCAGGGAAGUUCAAAUCCCCGUAGACCACCUGGUGCUUCUCAGACUGCUGGCUCUAGCUCUGUUGCAGGCGGAACGGGUGAUGGAGAUGUACGGUCAAAGAGGACUCGCCCUCCAAGACGUCACCAGGGUGCUACCGCUGCAAAUGAACUCAAUGUCUCUGAUUCUCAACCCCAAUCGCAGUUGAAGCGUCCGUCCCGGCGUUCAAAAUUCAAUGCGUCACUUUCUGAACCGACCCCAAUAUUCGCUGGUGAUUCCAAGCUUGAAGUUAAAGUCCAUCCUCCGCCACAAGCAUCCUCGCUGCCCAAGAAAAUCAAGCCUCCAAAACCCAAAGCACCCCUCCCCGACGACCUCACUUCGACUCUUACUCGUGCCCUCAGCACCCAUCCUUAUCCAGAUUGCCCAAUCUGCUUCAAUCCCAUUCGUCCAGAACAGCCUACCUGGUCCUGCUCUUCCUCAGAUCCAUCCGAAAACCUCCAGUGCUGCUGGACUACAUUCCACCUCAAGUGCAUUCGAGCGUGGGCUUCCAAAAGCGUCAAGGACCUUCAAGACGCAUGGCGUGCUCGUGGUGAGGAACGUACUGGCGAAUGGAGAUGUCCCGGCUGUCAAGCCAAACGUGAACACGUACCAUCCAACUAUCGGCAGGUGCUGCUUAUUUACUCAUGCUUCUGUUAUCGUAUCGCAGAUCCUUCCCCUACUCGCCUCGUCACUCCGCACAGCUGUGCAUAUCCUUGCUCCCGCGUACGCGCCUCCGCUUGUGGUCACGGUUGUCCUCUUCUAUGCCAUCCCGGUCCCUGUCCACCAUGCGCUGUUACCGUCCGAAAGGGCUGUUGGUGUGGACGCCAAGUCUCAACCGUCCGUUGUUCUUCCCUGGAAUCUCCAAACUCAACCACCGGUAUCUCAUGUGGCGUUACUUGCAGUAAGCCCUUGUCGUGUGGGAAUCCCCAGCAUGAAUGCUCUCAGGUUUGCCACCCCGGUGACUGCAAGCCUUGCCUCGUGACUGAGGUCGUCGCUUGUUACUGUGGGAAGGAGACGAGGCAAGUGCCGUGCGGUGAUGGGAAAGACAGGGCGGUUGUGUGCGCUGUUGAGGGAGAGCUUGGCUGGGAAGGUCGCUAUGAGUGCGAUGGUGUGUGUGGUAGACCUUUCGCAUGCGGAGUACACACCUGCGAGAAAGGAUGUCACCCCCCGUCAUUCACGCCUCAAAGAUGCCCGCUUGAUCCGUCUAUCAUGCAAACUUGCGCGUGUGGCAGGUUCACUCUUCCCACUGUCGAACAACACGAUCGCUACACCCACCAACGGAUAACUCCUACCAAAUCCGACCCGAGUGACAAGGACAUUGCGUAUUUCCUCGGGCCCCGUACAUCCUGUACCAUCCCCGUCCCUACAUGCAAGCAGCGCUGCAUCAAAACAUUACCCGACUGCUCGCACCAAUGCGGAGUAAGCUGCCACAUUGGCCCCUGCCCACCAUGCACCGAGCUCAUAGAGCGCACCUGUCGAUGUGGAGCGACGAAGAAGAUGAUCAAGUGCGGCGAAAUCAUCAAGGCCAGCGAAAAUAACGAAGCCGGGGAGGUCCUUUGCGAUCGUGCGUGCAUAGCCCUACGCACAUGCGGACGCCACCAAUGCAACCGCAUCUGCUGUCCUCUCGCAUCUCUUGCUGCUGCGCAAAAGGGCAAGGGGAAGAAACGUGCUGGUUUGCUAGAUGAACUAGGCGUUGAAGAAGGUGGCUUGCACGAAUGCGACCUCCCGUGCGGGAAGUUAUUGAGCUGUGGCAACCACCGAUGCGAGCGGAAGGACCAUCGAGGUGUGUGCGGGGUGUGUCUGCAGAGCGUUUAUGAGGAUCUUAUAUGCCCGUGUGGUCGGACGGCUAUGGAACCUCCAAUUCCAUGCGGUACGGUUAUGACUUGCAGUUAUCCAUGCGCAAGGCCUUCACCUCCGUGUGGUCAUUCGCGCGUCCCUCAUGCAUGUCAUGAAGGCGUAAUCAUCGCUGGUGCAGACCCGAACCAAGCAGUGGAGGCAUCCCCUUGCCCGCCAUGUCCAUUCCUCACCAGCAAACAAUGUGCGUGCGGGAAGAAAAUGGUGGAUAAUAUACGGUGUGCGCAGGAGCGGAUCAGUUGUGGUAGCAUAUGCGGAAAAUCUCUGGCAUGCGGCUUCCAUCAUUGCGAACGCUUGUGCCAUGCAGACGACUGUGGAACGUGUACCGCUGUAUGCGGCAAGUCUCGUAAAGCAUGUUUACCGGCCCAACACCCAUGCACCCAAACCUGCCACGCCCCAGCAGCAUGCCCCGAAACAGAAGCCUGUCUCGCGCUUGUCACCCUCACCUGCCCCUGCGGCCUCCUGCGCUCUUCCGUUCCCUGUUCCCAAGCAUCUUCAACCGCCAAUCUCAAAUGCACGGGUGAAUGCGCGAUCAAGAAACGCAACGCUCGUCUUGCAGAUGCUCUAGGCAUCAGUCCUGAGAAACGUGAGGGUUUGCAGGCCAAUGUCACUUAUAAUGACGACUUGGUGAUUUUUGCGAGGGCGAACGGUAAAUUACUGGGGCUGGCGGAGAAGACGUUUGCAGAUUUCAUCACUUCUGAUAAACGCACGCAAGUCCUGCCCCAUAUGCCUCCUGAGCGACGUAAAUUUGUGCAUGACCUCGCGUCUAUUUACCGCAUGGACACACAGAUGGUCGAUCAAGAACCUCAUCGAAGCGUACAGCUCAUCCGGCGCGUCGACACGCGCAUCCCGACGCCACUCUUAUCUGCAUCCCUCCCAUCACCAUCACCAUCACCCGCAGUCCUAGGGAAACUUGCCGAUCUGCGAGCUCCGAAAGCUGUAUCGAGCGUGACGAGCGGAAGCGGAGGGUGGGCCAGACCCCAACCAAAGGUCGCAGAAGCAGGCGGGAGGUGGACGUCAGUCGUCGCUCGCCCUGGGUCUGGGUCUGGGAGUUCUUCUCCUGCGCCUGGCGCGUCCUCGAGCUCGGGAGGAACUCAAGUUGGUACUGCCAGUUUGAGCUUGAAGCCGAGUGGUGGAGCGUGGGUGUCGUCGUCUGUGCAGCGCGCGAGGGAGGCGGCUAGUCAGGAGAUGGGUAUGGAGGAUGAGACGGUGCCGGAUGAUUGGGAGGAUGAUGUGUAGAGUCGGUUAGUUGGGAGCUUGGUGCACGCUGGUGAUGAUGGGGAACAUGAAUAGGUAGAUUUAGGAGUGGUCAAGCACAAAUAAGGCUCUUGGAUAAUCAAUUAAUUAUCAGCCUCAUCAUUGUUUACAUCACCUCGGCCGGUCUUGUAAGAAUCGAACUAUGUAAGUAGUUUGAGGUUUCCCUGAUGUGACAG